AUGCGCACGGAGGCACGAACCAUUUCUCGUACUCGCCCUUCGUUUACUUGUCUGCCCUGUAAGCGACGAAAGAUUAAAUGUGAAAAACAACGCCCCGCUUGCCGCGAAUGUCGCCGACUGAAUGAUGUAUGCGUCUAUCCGCCCGUCACUGCCUCCGAUCAGCCCAAAUCCGCCGAACAUUCGCCCCGAAGAAAUAUUCAGAUCGCCGAUCAGCAUCAUGCGUCUGCUUUUCCCUUGCCUAUACCCUUAUAUAACAAUGACAGAAGUGUGGAAAAUACCCCCGCCAACAAUGAAAUCAACAAUGAUACGCAUCCUGGAGGUCAAUAUCGACAAGAUGAGAUGGUAUGGGCAUCAGACACUCUCAACUUGCUGGACGACUCGAUGCUGUCGCUGACUGACUGUCCUGUCGACUUCCAUGAGUUUGGCACUCUCUCCGACGGCCCGCCUCCGCCCUGUCUACCGGCUUCAUCCCGUCCCUCUUCCGCCAUCGACCGAAGAUCUCUCUGGCCAACUCCCCAAAGCAGCACGCCCAUCUCCUCUCGCAAACUUCCCGACAUUACCCAUGACUCUAUUACCGAUACUCCAUCUGACCUGCAAGAGAGUCCCCAACUGAUGGGAUGUUUGAGCUCCCCACAGGGAGACCUCCGCCGAUAUAUGGGCCCCUCGUUCUGGGCCCUCGCAUCGAAUCAAAUGGCUGAUUGUGAUAUGUUGUUGCAGGCGCAACAGCGUCAACUCCUGGCCCAGGAAGACCACGGCCGGAACUUGGGGGAAUGGGCUCGGAUGCUGCAAAGCCUACCUCCGAAGAAAGUAUGCGACGUGCUUCUCGAAUCGUUCCUGCUCGGCGUGAAGCCAUUAGCCCCGUUCGUCCAUGUCCCUACACUGCUUGAUGACUAUGAUGCGUUUUGGGAACAGGGCGCCACAAAGACUCGUGUCAAUCAGGCAAGCACGAACGGUUCCUUUGUGAGUUUGCUAUGGUCGGUUUUAUAUUGCGGAAUGGUUGCCGCCUCGCCCUCAUUUUUAGCAGAGAGUGGCAUUCAAGUGCAGGACUCGGGCGUGUUAAUUAAACGGCUGAAAUUGAUGCUGGAACGGACUUUGGUCCUGAGCCAUUAUACAGAGCUGCCCACACUGAAUGGCUUUAUUGCGGUCUUAUUGGCCUGGGAGUGUGAUCCUACUACAAAUGAUAUCCUGGCAGCCCCCGCCUUUGUAUCCCAGGCGAUGCAAGUGGCGCGCACUCUGGGCUUGCACCACGAAGAAGCUAUUGUGCCUCGUGGGGAAGUCGAAGCAGAGCUAGCCCGUCGUGUUUGGUACCAUAUCAUCUUCCUCGAACUAUAUGCUUGCAUCGCAUCUGGAAGUGCCUUGUCAUAUGGUACCCAGGAAAGUUCCUACAAUACACAAUUACCCCAGUCCCUGCAUGAUUCAUCCUUAGACUCUGGACGAGGCCCACGAAUUGGUGCACCCUCAGUGCGACGCAAAUCAACAGCCAUGCUGAUGGCCGUUGGUCGCUGUCGGAUGACAUGCACUCUGCGACGUAUUAUGGAGUCGUGCUACAAAACACGGCCAUUGGGCAACCAGGAAUCUGAAAUGCUAGAAAGAGAGAUCCGUCAGUUUGAAGUAGCGAUUGACGGCCUCAUAAACCAAAUAGUUGUUCGCGGGAUGCCAGAACAGGGAUAUUUAUCUAGUCAACUAUUACGUGUGAACCAUCAAACUCAUCCACAUUACUAUGAUGAUACCACCCAGGAAGAAACUGUGUUGAAUGCAUACGCUCGCAUCCAGCUGGAUAUGAUGAAGCAGUAUGUGCGAAUCUUUUUCAACCGCCAAAUCCUGACUGGAUCGUCUGGAUCAUCUGAAUCAUCCAGUGUUUGGGAUGACCAAAUCACAGCUUGUCGCCGGUUCCUCAAAAACUACGUCAACCUAGCCCGACUACCGGCAUUCUCCCCAUACUGGUGGUUAUGUCCCGGCAAAAUGCAGCCCCUGCAUGAAUGUCUCAUAGUCAUCACCUGCAUAAAAGAACGCCCUCAGAACCCCGACACCCAAAUCCUCUUCUAUCUGCUGAGUGAGAUCUUUGAGAUUUUCAAAAGUACUGAAGCCCGCGAUGACAGCCUGCUAUCUCGAUCAUUUCGUCGAUACGAGGCGGCCUGGCAAACACUCCAGCAGCGACGGGACGAAAUCACUAGCGCAAAUUCCCUUAAUGAAACAUCUAGUCCUCUGGGGCCUGCUCUCCAAGAAGAUGACGACCGGCGCCUGUGGCAACAACCAUCAUUGUCGGGGAAUCAAAAACGCCUACGACACCCCGAGAUCGCCGCCAGAACGGAGCGAGCCGCAGAGCCACUACCCGAUGGAUUCCAGCUUCCUGCCUGCUUGGACUCCCACGAGUCCACACCAUCGUUCGCCCGAUCUUCGUGCACCAAGCGUCGAAAAUCAAGCAGGUCCUCCUCCACUAACAACUCUGCGCCCCCGCAGACGGACAUGGACGCAGGCUGGCCACUCAGCGAUUGGAGUGAUCCGAACACGAGGGUUAGAACAGUCCCGCUCACCACGCGAGCGUCCGUCCCAAACUCCGGUGAUGGGUAUUUUUCAAACAGUGCUUUUGUGGAAAUCAUGCCACCUGAUGCAUGGGAGAAAUGGAACUCUCCGAGGGCUGAUGAUGAGUUGCACGAACUUCAAACCGAUUGGACUGAUGUCUUUAAUAUAUAG